AUGCCGCUCACAGGAAAGCUCGCGUUCCGUGCUCUAGCGUCGACCGUGCUGUCCUUUCUACCCCACACGCUCUCGCAGGCCACAUUCUCGCCAAAUAACGUGCCUCCGGGACCUGUGGUAGACGUUGGAUAUGCCUCAUUCCUAGGAAAUGCCUCGCUGCCGGGCGUGGAAUUCUUUGGAGGGAUCCGAUAUGUCCAGCCUCCCCUGGACGACUUGCGAUGGCGGGCACCCGAGAUGCUUAACGAGACACCUGUCGCGGACAAGAAUAUCACAGACGCGAGACAUUGGGGGUCCAUUUGUAUCCAGCAGCCCGCCCAGGUGGGUUUUGGGUCGGAAGACUGCCUGACUCUGAAUGUAUGGAGGUCGCCGAACACGAAGGCGGGAGACAACCUACCUGUGGCAGUCUACAUUCAUGGAGGAGGAAAUUACUAUGGCAGUGCUCAAGGAUUUCCCAUGAACACAUGGAUCACCGAAAAUGAUGGCUCAAUCGUCGCCGUCAAUCUGCAAUAUCGGCUAGGAAUGCUCGGGUUUUUGGCCUCGUCAAUUGUAGAGGAAGACGGAAAUGCAAACGUUGGAUUACUGGAUCAAAGAGCGGCGUUGAACUGGGUCCGACGGUAG